AUGGCUGGAUCCGGCAGUAAACUAUUCAGAUUGGAUGCUGGUUUCCAGCAAUAUGAUUGGGGUAAGAUUGGAUCCUCUUCUGCAGUUGCUCAAUUUGCAGCUCAUUCUGAUCCAUCUGUAAAGAUUGAGGAAGAUAAGCCAUAUGCUGAGCUAUGGAUGGGUACACAUCACAAGGUUCCAUCUUACAACCACGAAACGAAGGAAUCUUUGCGUGAUAUCAUCGAAUCGAACCCAGUUGAGAUGCUUGGUCAAGGGAUCAUCGAUAGAUACGGAUCGAAGAAUGAAUUGCCUUUCUUGUUCAAAGUUCUAUCUAUUCACAAGGUUUUGUCUAUUCAAGCGCAUCCAGAUAAGGCUUUGGCCAAGGUUUUGCACUUCAACGACCCAGCCAACUACCCAGAUGACAACCACAAGCCUGAGAUGGCGUUGGCUGUCACAGAUUUCGAAGGUUUCUGUGGGUUCAAGCCUCUAGAAGAAAUUGCAGACGAAUUACAGCGUAUUCCUGAGUUGAGAAACAUUGUUGGUGAUGAGGUUGCAGAAAAGUUCAUUAAGGGCAUCAAGCCAGAAGCCGUAAAGGACUCUGCUGAUGAUGAAUCCAACAAGAAGUUACUCCAGGAAGUUUUCAGUAAGGUCAUGAAUGCCAGCAACGAAACUGUUGUUGAGAAUGCUCGUGCUUUGAUCAAGAGAGCUCAUGAGUCGCCAGCUGACUUCAACAAGCCAACUUUGCCAAAGCUUUUGAUCGACUUGAACGAACAGUUCCCAGACGAUGUCGGUUUGUUCUGUGGUGGUUUGCUAUUGAACCACUGUACUUUGAAGGCCGGUGAAGCCAUCUUCUUGAGAGCCAAGGACCCUCACGCUUACAUUUCCGGUGACAUUAUAGAAUGUAUGGCUGCGUCGGAUAACGUUGUUAGAGCAGGUUUCACUCCAAAGUUCAAGGACGUGAAGAACUUGGUUGAGAUGUUGACUUACACCUAUGACUCUGUUGAAAAGCAAAAGAUGACCCCAGAAGUCUUUGACAGAUCUUCUGGUGACGGGAAAUCUAUCUUGUUCAACCCUCCAAUCGAUGAAUUUGCUGUUUUGUACACCACUUUUGAAAACGGUGCUGGUGUGAGACACUUUGAAGGUUUCCAUGGUCCUUCUAUUGUCAUUACCACUAAAGGUAACGGUUACAUCCAGUUAGGUGAUUUGAAGCUCAAGGCUGAACCAGGUUUCAUCUUUUUCAUUGCCCCAGAAACUUCUGUCGAUUUCAUCGCUGAAGACCCUGAAUUCACCACAUACAGAGCUUUUGUUGAACCAAACUGA